ACCGAGGAAACAUGUCGUCGCCGAGGCUGGGCGUGGUCAGAGAGUCCAUGUUGACCAACCCGCUGCACAUCAAGGCACCUCUGGGUCAGACCCGGUCCAGAGGUCUGUCAGUUCCUGGUCCAGAUUUCACUUUUGGGAUGAGCACUAGCAGAGACGGGGGUGUGGCCGAAGUUCUAUCCAGUUGGCAGGUCCAGUCCAGAAGUGCGGACUCUGCUUCCCAUCGACCAGUCGUCCCCGACUUCGUGUCUCUGAACCGAGACGCAGUGAAGUCUGGUCUGGUGACGUCUAAAGAGCUGAGCCAGUACCGAGCCCAGGGGGUCAAGACCCAGGGCCCUGCUCCAAGACAGGAGGGCAGGACCUCAUGGCGCCCGGUGGUGCCUGACAUCACAUUUGGAGUCACACACAGGCCACCGUCGCCUCUGGCAGACCUGCUGUCUCAUCAGUAUGCUCGCCGCUGGCUGGAUGAACAGCUGAGCAGGAACCAAACCCGCAACCAGGAGCAGCUGCACAGGAUGAAGCGAGGCUGUAUUCCUGACACCAGGACCAGUCUGCUGAGGAGAAGUCGAGCCCUGCCAGUCACACAGCCUCUGUUCAAACUGCCUCGCUUCACACAGGUUCCUGCUGCUCUGGACACCUUCAGGGAUGAGGAGGCUCGUCUGCGGGCAUUCAGGGCUCAUCAGUCUGACUCAGUGUCCAGGAGAGGGCAUCAGGGUCUGGGGACGUACAGUCUGGACUGAGCUGAGGACAAGACAGGCUGAACCUGCCUUAGAACAUCUGAUGCAAAUACAAAUGAAAACAUGUCAUAACUCUGUGUGUGGUAUCUGACUCAAAACCAUGUAGGCAUCAGUCUGAAAACAUCUGAGGAGUCCCUCAGGGCUCUGUACUGGGACCAUUAUCGUUU